AGAAGGCUGGCUGAGUACUAACAACUUUAGAAAAUAACCACCACACUUCAUUCAUAUCUCUACAUGUGUGUUAUGUUAUGUACAUACAAUCCGACUUAUAUAAAAUAUCUUCUCAGAUGCAUCCCUACAUAUUGAGUUAAUGUUCUGCUUACCUUCGGGGUUAGUGAUUUGUGAUAUAUCGCCAUGGCGUCUAACAACGACCUUCCCUCGGGAGGUUUCGCCGCUGCCUUCAAAGACUUCGAUCUAGAUGAUGUCUUUAAGGAAGCCGAGCAGCGCGUGGUGGACAAGCUCAGCAAGAACUUCGUCGUGGAGUUCGGAUAUGAUAGAGCGCGCAUUGCGUUCGAUCUGGGCAACGAAGAAAUCAAAGAGCUACUUGAGCGUGAUCCCGAUCCCCAAAAGGACUAUCCUAUCCGAUGGAUCAACGUGUGGGAUCCCAGCGCACAGAAGGAUGUCAUGACCUCUAUUGUCAAUAGAUACGGAUUCUCGCUCAGGCUACUUAGCCUUAUGACUACCCCAAGACCUCAUCAAGACGAGACACGACGGUAUAAGGAGAGGAAGAGGGCUAUAUUGCGCCAUCAACGACUUCCGAUAGAUCCAGAGAAAGGUGAUGCCACGAACAAUUUUACGGCGAAACCCGUUCCAUCCACGGAAGCCAAUGACAAUCUAGCUCUUUAUUUGCAAGUCAAGGAUACAGUGAACUAUUCUUCUACUGACCAAACGCAGAAAGCUUUCUGUAUCGGGGCGAAUUGGUUACACAAACGACCAAGGCCCGAACACGGACGCGAACAUCCCCGAACUAGUAUCAUGCCGCCUAAACAUUGGCAGUGGCUCGCUUUAUGUAACAAUCACACUGUCCUGUCGAUUCACGAGAGGCCCUCGUACGAACUGGUGCCGGAAAAGGAGGACGAAAAGCGCUGGCGGCAAACUGAACUUCAGUAUAUGAGGUCUCAUAUGCUAGAUAUACUUAGGCAGCUAUCUAAAAAGGGCUAUGAGCAGUACAAAUCUGACCCACUCGCUCAAAGCUCAGUGCGGGAGUCGUUGCGCAAAUUUCAACUAGGCAUAACCAGACAGGAAUCGGGGGUGUCUAUUUUCAACAGCGAGACGGGUAGUCUAGCCGACGAAGGGACAAGUAAUCUUUUCUACUAUUUGUUUGAGGACUACGUCGCGGCCGGGCCUCUCAAGGCCGCGGAACAAGAACUAGACGAAAUGACACAUAAGAUCCUAGAAAGCACUCACUGGAAAAAGGUAUCCAAGAGCUCUGAGAUCAUACCUACGUUGCAUUAUCUGAGUAAAGACCUCCGAGAGUUUAAGCACCUGUUUGAGAAUUAUAAGAAUCUUAUAAAUAAGAUCCUGUCAGUGGGGAAACCUGAUUCGCAACCGCCUCCGCCGUUAGACGUUCGAUUCGAGGUGGAUCGCAGAGUGUCCUUAACGAGCUCAGCCCUUAGUCGAUUUACCAGGUUAGGGGACCGCCUUCAGUACCUCAUGCUGAAUACCAUUGAGGGGUAUCUGGAAGAGAUAGGUGCAUUGUCAACGACGUACUUCAACCUGACGCAACAGAAAGAUUCACAGGCAACAGCGAGGCUUACGAGGAGUGCGACGUUACUGGCUAAGCUUAGUGUCUUCUUCUUGCCGAUCAGUUUCAUGACGAGUUACUUUUCAGUGCAGAUCGAGGAUCUCUAUACAGCAUGGACUGGGAAUACCUAUUGGUAUGCAUUCGCGGUGAUAGCGAGUGUGUCGUUUGUGAGUCUGUUCUUCUUCAGCAGACUACUCAUGUUCUCUAUCGAUAUGUUGGAUGAUUGGGCUGCUAAGAUAGCAACCGGGACUAACAAACUUCUUCAAACUGUACUGGCUUGGGUUGCUGGGCUCAGAUCGAGAAAUGGUGGUGAUGGUGAUACGUAAGGAGAGUGCUCAAAGCAAUGGCGCAUCUGAUCGAAAAUUUGGCUCUGGGUGUAGUACAGUGUGAAAAUAGUACAACCAAUACUAAGUACAUAGAGUAUGAUGGAAAGUUGCUUACAUGUACUUCCGUAGAUCUUAUGUGUAUUAUAGAUGGUGCGUCUACCUAGGUAUACAUGUACGAUUAUUGGUGGAAGUCCGGCAUUGGAUACAUACAUAUGUAUGUAGUUGCGUCACCUCCAGUAUGUACUUAAGGCACCUGGCAAAGCAGUUUAAUUCACCCAUGUGGCGAUCCACAUUGAUGUUUCUUGUCGAUUCAGACUUGAAAUAAUGUUGCCUUGGGUACAUUACCUCGUCUACUUAGGUACUUAGAUUGGUUAGCCAUCUACAUAUGUAGUUGCUGUACGAUUCGCGGGAUGCCAUCUGAACUAGCUAGUCAUCAUUUUCACAUGCCUCUGAUUCUGGACCAAAAGGGGCAAUUGAUCUCGUGACUCUUUCGUAUUUUCGAGUCUGUAAGUACCUCUACCUAGGC